UUUCUUUUGUCCGGGAACGCGUUUUGGUAUUAAAAAUCGGGUUCGUUUUCCUUUCCCCAACUUACAACGUGAAAACUAUUUGUGACUGUUGUGAAACUUUUCAUUGAAAAUGGGCAUAUUAGAACGAAUAGCGGAAAUCGAGUCAGAGAUGGCUCGUACCCAGAAAAACAAAGCAACAAGUGGACAUCUGGGUCUUCUUAAAGCUCGACUGGCCAAACUCAGAAGAGAACUCAUUGAACCCAAAGGUGGAGGUGGGGGUGGGGGUGAAGGCUUUGAUGUGGCAAAAACAGGAGAUGCUCGUAUUGGGUUUGUAGGUUUUCCCUCAGUUGGAAAGUCCACGUUACUGAGUAAUCUUGCUGGGGUGUACUCAGAAGUGGCUGCCUAUGAAUUUACCACCCUCACAACUGUCCCAGGUGUUAUACGAUAUAAAGGGGCAAAAAUUCAGUUGCUGGAUCUUCCAGGUAUUAUUGAAGGAGCCAAAGACGGCAAAGGUCGUGGAAAGCAAGUUAUUGCUGUUGCCAGGACUUGCUCCUUGAUCUUCAUCGUAUUGGAUGUCCUGAAACCUCUACAACACAAGAAGCUGAUCGAGCACGAGUUGGAGGGGUUCGGAAUCAGACUCAACAAAUCUCCACCAAAUAUUGGGUUUCGGAGAAAAGAGAAGGGAGGGAUCAAUUUGCAGACCCUGGUGACCCAGUCUGAGUUGGACAUGGAUUUGGUGAAGACGAUUCUAGGAGAGUACAAGAUUCACAACGCUGACAUCGUACUGCGAUCAGACUGCACCGCGGAGGAAUUAAUUGACGUGGUGGAAGGAAACCGAGUGUAUAUUCCCUGCAUCUACAUUCUAAAUAAGAUAGAUCAGAUCUCUAUAGAGGAGCUGGACAUUAUCUAUAAAGUACCUCACUGUGUGCCCAUCUCAGCCCAUCACAAGUGGAACUUUGACGACUUACUGGACAAAAUGUGGGAGUAUCUGGGACUGGUUAGAAUAUACACCAAGCCAAAGGGCCAGCUGCCUGACUAUACAGCACCAGUGGUUGUCAAAAGAGAUAAGUGUACGGUGGAAGAUUUCUGUAACAAACUGCACAGAUCCCUCAUCAAAGAGUUCAAAUAUGCCUUAGUUUGGGGUUCCUCUGUAAAACACCAGCCCCAGAAAGUAGGAAAAGAGCACACACUAGCUGACGAGGAUGUGGUUCAAGUUGUCAAAAAGGUGUGAUGUAAAAACUAUCCAUAAGUGGAAUUAUUUUGAUGCCAAGAUUCCAGCAUUGUUGACUCUUACAUCUCUUGCAAUAUGACCCUUACAGGAAUCAAGUGACAUGAACAGUUUACAAACUUCUUGUUGAUAAGCUAAAUAAGACAGUUAAUACUUUAUUUCUUUCUAGUUCUAUCAUCUGUAGGUGAUAAAAGAAGGAUC